GCAGCAGCGUUUCCUCCUUACCACUGGAUCUCUGUAAUGGAGGGGAGCAGCAGCCAGAUGGUACAUUACUAGCUAGAUCCUUUCUGGUCUGGUAGCUCCUCACCCCACCCCCACCGCGCACCUCUCACUUGCUGGAGAAGUUGCCUGUUCUCUGUUGAUGUGAAUCACCGCCGAUUAGAGGGGACCGCGGCUAUUUAUUUAGGAAUUGCCAGCUCGCAAAAGUUUCUAGGCAGGAAGCUGGGCUCCACGCAACUGGGGUGGAGGAGGAGGAGGAGAGAAAAAAAAGUUUCGCUCACUUCUCUCCUUGGCGGAGCCCCUCCCCGCUCCGAGGGGAGAGCUAGAGAUGCUGCUACUUGCAACAGGCUGCUAUAGUAGCAGCGGCAGCCUGAGUAACACGUCCCCAGGAGACUAGCAGGAGCAACACGUGAUGUGUCUACUUAUCAGGGGAGAAGAGGAGGAAGGGAAGUUCCUGUGGAGUUGAUGAACUUUGCACAUCCACAGAAACGCCAUUUUGAUUCCUUUUUCCGGAACAACUUUGCGUCUCUUUCCCCCCCCCCCCCUUUUCUCUUCGCCAACCCAUCAUCCGUGCAUCAUGUCUCGACGCAAACAGCCCAGCCCCAGCAAAAGCAAGGUCCUAGAGGGUGCUAUAGAGAAUCUAGACUCUGCUAAGCCUAAUACACUAAGUGGGGAGAGCAGCAAGCAAGAAGAAAACCUCAUUGUUCAACAGUCAAGGGAGGAAAAUGAAGAGAAGCAGCUCAAAAGCUUAACCAAUUACAAGACACCAACUUUACCAAACAGUUUGGAAGGUACAGACUUGUCCUCCAUUGACGCCAUGAUGUCAGCAGUAAUGAGUGUGGGGAAGAUCGCUGAAAAUGGCGGGAAUUCUCAGAACAUCAAGUCCCCAUCGAAGUCUCCUGCACCAAAUCGGAUUGGCAGGAGGAACCAGGAAACAAAAGAAGAGAAGUCUUCCUAUACCUGUCCUCUGUGUGAGAAGAUUUGCACUACACAGCACCAGCUAACUAUGCACAUUCGUCAGCAUAACACUGACACUGGAGGGACAGACCAUUCCUGCAGCAUCUGUGGAAAGUCUCUGAGCUCAGCAAGCUCCCUUGAUCGCCACAUGCUGGUGCACUCAGGUGAAAGGCCUUAUAAAUGUUCAGUAUGUGGACAAUCCUUCACCACCAAUGGGAACAUGCACAGGCACAUGAAGAUUCAUGAGAAGGAUCCAAACAGCACUGCAAGUACUACUCCCCCAUCUCCUCUGAAGCGCAGACGAUUAUCCUGUAAGAGGAAACUUAGUCAUGAGCCUGAGACAGACAGAGAGGAACGAACCCCCGCAAAAAAGGUUGUCGAGGAGGCUCAGUCCAGUGAAGUGGAGAAGAAGGCUGAGGAGGAAGUUUAUCGUUGUCCAGUGUGUUUCAAAGAAUUUGUAUGCAAGUAUGGGCUGGAGACCCAUAUGGAGACCCAUCCAGAUACCUCACUGAGGUGUGACACUUGUUGUAUUACCUUUCGCACUCAUCGGGGUUUGCUGCGUCAUAAUGCAGUUAUUCACAAGCAGCUUCCAAGAGACCCAUUGGGAAAGCCUUUCAUUCAGAACAAUCCUUCAAUUCCAGCGGGCUUCCAUGAUUUGGGAUUCACAGACUUCUCCUGUAGGAAAUUCCCCCACAUUUCUCAGGUCUGGUGUGAAACGAAUCUACGAAGAUGCAUCAGUGAAUUUCAUCGGUUUAUUUGCGAGACAUGUAACAAGGCAUUCCCCAUGCAUUCGGCACUCAAACUGCACACAGAAACCCAUAUGGUUGAUCAGGGAAAAGAAAAGCACAAACCGCAGAUGAAGACCCCAGCUGGUGAGAAUCCAGACCAGAAAGUCUACAUGGCGUCCUUGGGCCUACAGCACACCAAAGACAUCAAGCCUGUCAAACAGGAGGAGGUUAUGCAAGAUGAGGUCCAAGAAAUGCAGCUUAGAACACUGAAGAGUAACCUACCUCAGGAACCUGGCAGCACUAGCCUGCUGAACAUGUCUGCUCUGGAAGCUGCUUCCAUGGGAGGUUCUUUUUCGGUCCUUCCACCUACAAAAGAGAACAUGAAGCUCCUGUCGCUGCAGCCUUUCCAGAAGGGCUUUAUCAUUCAGCCCGACAGCAGUAUUGUGGUCAAACCCAUCUCCAACGAGUCUGCUAUCGAACUGGCUGACAUUCAGCAGAUCUUGAAGAUGGCUUCUUCAGCUCCUCCUCAGAUAAGUCUUCCGCCACUUUCUAAGGCACCUGCUGUCCCCGUACAGUCUAUUUUCAAGCAUAUGCCUCCACUGAAGCCAAAGCCCUUGGUGGCUCCUCGAACAGUUGUAGCGACCUCUACGCCACCUCCACUGAUCAGUGCACAGCAAGCCUCGCCUGGGUGCAUCAGUCCAAGCCUUCCCCCGCCAUCACUGAGGCUGAUCAAAAACUCCGUGGAGUCCGCUUCCAGGGCUCACCUUACGCAGUCCAAAUCAGGAAACAAAUCCAGUCCUUCUUCACAGUUAUUCCCUCAGCCCAAGACAGAGCCACUGAGUCAGCACGAAAUGAAAACCCAGCUGGAACAAGAUAGUAUCAUAGAAGCCCUGUUGCCUUUGAGUAUGGAAGCCAAGAUCAAGCAAGAGGUCACAGAAGGGGACCUCAAGGCCAUCAUUGCGGGGGCCGCAAACAAGAAAGCGCCGGCAAUGAGGAAAGUCUUGUACCCGUGUCGCUUCUGCGACCAGGUGUUUGCCUUCUCUGGUGUCUUGAGGGCUCACAUUCGCUCUCACUUGGGCAUCUCCCCUUACCAGUGCAACAUCUGCGAAUACAUUGCAGCUGACAAGGCAGCACUGAUUCGGCACCUGCGGACGCACAGUGGAGAGAGGCCGUACAUCUGUAAAAUUUGCCACUACCCUUUCACAGUGAAAGCCAACUGUGAGAGGCACCUGCGCAAAAAGCACCUCAAAGUGACCAGGAAGGACAUAGAAAAGAACAUUGAGUAUGUCACCAGCAAUGCAGCGGAGAUGGUGGAUGCUUUCUGCUCCCCUGACACAGUGUGCAAAUUCUGCGGUGAGGACCUCAAGCAUUAUCGCGCCCUGCGCAUACACAUGAGGACUCACAGCGGCUGCCAGAAGAAGAAGCCGUUUGAGUGCAAAGAGUGCGGCACUGCCUUCUCAGCCAAGCGAAACUGCAUUCACCAUAUCCUCAAGCAACACUUACACGUGCAAGAGAGGGAAAUAGAGAACUACAUCCUGGUAGUGGACUGCAGUCCUCAGGAGAACCAGCAAGACCCUCCACUACUGGAGGACAGCACUUACAUGGACCACAAGUCCAUCACGUCUUUCCUGGAAUCACAGAAUGGCUUUUUGCGGGGGGCACCUUCUCAUGUUCCAAUCAAACUUGAACCUGCAAAUAAUUUCCCGAUGGACUUUGACGAGCCUUUAGACUUCUCGCAAAAGAACAAAAACUUAAGCACAGUGCAAGUGAAGCAGGAGAACCUGUUUGGCACCUCUUCCUUGUCUCACUAUGACUGUUCCAUGGAGCCCAUAGACCUGUCGAUUCCCAAAACCCUCAAGAAGGAUAAAGAUGAAGUCCAGAGUGAAGCCAAGAAACAAGACCAAGUUUCUGGGAAUAGCGACAAGCUCUAUAACUGUCAGCAGUGCCCUCUGGCCUUCAGUGCCAAUGGGAACGUGGAGAAAAAUGGAGCCCUCAAACAUUCCCAGCCACCGAAGGGUCCCUUGCAUUUGACUGUCCCAAUCAUUUCCCCAGCUCUUCUCGGCAACCCUGGCUUGCUGCGACCCUUGAGGCCUAAGCCACCACCUCUUUUGCCAAAGCCUCCGGUAACUAAAGAGCUGCCACCUCUGGCUUCCAUUGCCCAGAUCAUUUCAUCUGUGUCUUCUGCUCCUGCUUUGCUGAAAACAGAGGUAACAGACUCCAGUCCCAAGGCAGCCAGCAGCUCCGCUGGUUCUGAUAAAUCAGGGAACUCCAAACCAAAAGCGACAAUCACGAUGGCUAUCCAGAAAGAUUCCAGCCUUCCCAGUGACCUUACUCAGAAGGCAUACAAUCCAAAUGUUCCAGAGAAAUCUCCUGUUGCUGAUGCUGGAUUGGCUAAGAAAAGAGGCAGGAAGAAAGGAACAAAAAACAAGCCUAAAGCGAGCAGCGGUGUGGACCUGGAGUCAAGCGGGGAGUUUGCUAGCAUAGAGAAGAUGCUAGCUACCACAGACACUAAUAAAUUUAGUCCAUUUCUGCAGUCCACUGAUGAUUUCAAAGAGGAAGCUGACAGAAACGGAACAAGUGAAGAUGAGAGAGAAACUGCCGAUGAUAAGCUGCUGAGAGGAAAGAGGAAUGCUUACUCAAACUGCCUGCAAAAAAUCACCUGUCCUUAUUGUCCCCGAGUCUUUCCUUGGGCGAGUUCCCUGCAGCGCCACAUGCUCACUCACACAGGUCAGAAGCCCUUCCCCUGUCAAAAAUGUGAUGUCUUCUUUUCUACCAAAUCUAACUGUGAACGCCACCUCUUGCGCAAACAUGGAGUUGCCAACUGCUCUCUGAGAAGAAACGGGCUUAUCCCCCAGUCUAAAGAAAGUGAUGCUGGAUCUCAUGAUAGCACAGACAGUCAGUCAGAUCUGGAGACUCUAGGUGGGGUGCUGGAUCUGACCUCCUGCGAGAGAGAGCAGCCAGAGGAAGAAACGGAGCUACCGGAAAACAAAUGCAGUCCCAAACAGGAGCAAAAGGCUGACUCGCCCCAAGGAGAAGAGGAUGCACAGGAUAAAGCAGAUGAGUAUGAAGACGGACCAGAGGAAGACUCUGUAAGUAACAAAAGCCUUGACCUCAAUUUUGCCAGCAAGCUGAUGGACUUCAAGCUGGCAGAGAGUGACCAGAGUGCAGGUAACUGCUCUCAGACUGAAAAGAAACAUGCCUGUGAUGUUUGUGGGAAAACCUUCAAAUUUGCUGGCACUCUUGGACGGCACAAAAAGGCCCAUGCUCGCGAGGACAGAAAGGACGAAAAGAGCAGUGAGGAUGAAAGCAAGUGUGUUCAGGAUGAAGCUGGAGCUCCCCCAAAGCAAGACUCCACUCUUGAUCAGGAAGAGCCCCCAGUGGACUUACAGGUGCUAGAAUCUUCUGUGGACUGUGAGGCAACAGGAAAGGAGAAUGAAGAGAGUGAAAGCAUCUCUGAGGGAGAGAGCACAGAGAGAAAGUCCUGUGAGAAGAGUGAUGAUGACAAAAAACCAAAGACUAAUGGGGCAAAAAGUACCACAAAGGCAGACAAGAGGAAGAAAGUCUGUACUGUGUGCAACAAGCGGUUUUGGUCUCUACAGGACUUGACACGACACAUGAGAUCCCAUACAGGAGAGAGACCGUACAAAUGUCAGACCUGUGAACGGACCUUCACUCUGAAACACAGCCUGGUUCGUCAUCAGCGCAUACACCAGAAGGUCAAGAAUGCUAGGAACCAUGAGAAGGAGAGUGACAAAGAGGAGACCCAGUCUAGGUGUGAAGAAGACAGUGAAAAUGAGUCUAUCCACAGUGGUACUAACCCCAUCUCAGAAAACGAGUGUGACUCAGUUGCAGGCCUUGGUAACCAUUCAUCUGUCUCUAGAAACCGAAAAGAAAGUCUGGCCAAUGGAGCGAAGGAUUCCCUUUGCAGAGAGGAGAAAACCCCUGGACGAACAGCCAGUACUUGCCUUGCAGAGUCCAACAAGAAUGCACAGAAACAGAUCACAAAAGAUCAGGAAUCUCGGGGUAACUGUGAUCACGAGAGUCCAUCAGGUUUCAUUCAGGACUUGCUGGAGAUGCACAACAAAAAAUCUCCCAUGAAUCACAUUCUUGCCUCUGCAGAUAGUGCACCUCAGCUUUUGGGAGUUGAGUGAAUUUCUUACUAUGAAAUUGGACCCAUCCCAGCACACAAACUAAAACCAGCAGAGCAAGGUUUUUGGAAUAUAUUUUGUAAGAGUGACCUUCAGCUGUGGGAUAGUAUGGCAGACUGGAUUCAGUGCCAUAUGCCUUUCAGUAUAAUAAUGCAAGAGACUACAGUACAUACUGAUUUGAGUGCCUUACUACUUUAUUAGAUCUUUUGGUAUCAUAGGUUUUUUCAAAAAAAAAAAAAUGAUUUUUUUGUAAUAUUUUAAUGAAUUAUUUGGAGAAGACCUUUUUCAUUUAAGCAUUAAUGUUACCCUCUGUAUUGGUGUGUGUGUGAGCUUGUUCUUGUAUAUCUGUUAUAGUCGCUGUGUUUGUUCUCUGAGCUGGAAAUGGGGGCAGUGGGGUGGGGAAGCCCUUGGAUACCACGGCCAAUAACUGGAAGAAAAUUACAUGAAUUUCAGAUGAGAUCGCCAGAGGACACAUGUACGAGAUGCUGAUUUUUCUCAGUAUAGACGUUCUUGCAUUUGCCAUACGAUGGAGCAUUAAUCCAGUUCCAGGUAUUAAUGACGUGGUGGUUGAAGGUGUUCAAAGUUGGUUAAAGCCAAAACCAGGAAAGACAAAGAGCUUUCAACCUCAUAACUUGUUUCCACUUUUCAGCAUUAGAAAUGGUAAUCUAGUUACCAUUUAAAGACAUUCUUUCUGGCCACUGUGGACUGAGUACACAGAGAAGAGUUACAUAGCAACUUAACCUAUGGAAAUUAUGCACCCGCUGUUAUAUAUGUUUGAUUUGCUUCAAUAUAUUAUUAUUAUUAUUAUUAUUUUAUUAUUAUUAUUUUAUAAAUUCAUCAGUUUGCUAGUCUCUGCAGUCAGCAGAAACGAAUGGGCAAUAUUUGCCCAAGGAGAUCUACAGUGCAGCUUGGAUCCCCUGUUUAAGCUUUCACCAACUCCCCUCUCAUGUUGCAGCUCUUCUACUGUACUUAAAUGGAACCCUUCCUCUGACUGGAGAAUCAAAUGGAGGCCAGCAAGUAAUCACCACAAAUGUACAGGGGAACAUCUCACUAGUGAUAGCGUGCCUGCAUGGGUGUGUGUGGGGAGGGCCAUGAAAAGACUCCCCUUCCCACCUUGAGUGCAUGAGGAAGGCACUGCAAAUUGCUUCGUUCCGAUCACAUGACAUUUGUUACUAAUGAGCAAAGUUAUUUAGUCUUCCAGUUGAAAGAAAGCACGAAAGAAAUGCGAGCCUUACCGUGAUCUUGCUACCGUCUUUUUCUAAAGCAAGAAAAUACUACUGGUAAUAAAACUACAAAUAUAAAACAUGUUAAAAAUAAAUAAAAUAAAUUUAAAAAAAAAAUCUUUCUUCCUGAGGUUUUGGGGUUGAUGCUUGAAGACUAGUGUGUGUUUCUAAAUUUCAUAAUGAUAGUUUAACCGCUUUAAUGCUGGGGGUUGAGAUUUCUCCACAGGCCUCCUGUUGCCUACAACAGGAGAUAUUCCCAACCACCAGCAUUUAUUGGGUUAAGCAAAAUGUAUCCUACUGUAGCUGUGCAUUUUUAGGUAUGCUCAGCAUUCUGUUGUUCUCGUUGUCCUUCAGUCAUGAUCUCUGGGACAGACAGAGCCAUAGUAUUGCCGGAGUCUCACUGUGCACUUCCACCACUUCAGCUCCCUCACCCAUACUGUGAUCCUCCCUUCCCUUCCCAUGCAAAAUCACAUGUCCUGCGUUCAUUAGACUUGGAAGAAGGGGGCCUUAAAUCCCUCUCCCUCUCCCUCUCUCUCUCUCUAUAUAUAUAUUUCAACAAAUUUCUGGAGACUGAAAUCCAACUCCCCAGAAUUCAAAGGAAGAAAAAUGUUCUCAAGUGAUGAUCUCGCAUAUAAAAUAAGAAAAAAAAAUGGUUGAGGUAUAUGUGAUUUUUUUUUUUUUUUUAAUUAGGGAUGUAUGAACCAGUUUUGAAAUAAGUUACUCCAAACUAAUAAAAAAUCAGAACCAAUGAUUCCUUUAAAACUUUACCAGGUGUGUUCUACUUAGUUUAAACCAGUUCACACAUCCCUUAAUUUUUUUAUUACUAUUAUAAUUAUAAUUAUUAUUAUAUUAUUUUGGGUAUUUUUGGUUUUUUUUGUUUGUUGUUUAUUUUUAAUUUUGGGGUUUUUUUUGCAGCUCUCCACACUAAACUGCGCAAUAUUGUGGGGGAGAAGCCAUUACUAAACUCUAUGCUGCAGAACAAUGUAGCAAGUAAUCAAUUCCCAGCAGCCUGCCGGGACAUCUGCUAGCAAUAAUCACUAUUGAUUUAAAGCUUUAUUUAGCCUUUAUCUAUAUCCUAGUAGAUUAUAAGGUCUUGCCACAUUUUAUUGACAUUUUUAUUAGUUGAGUUUGACUGAGAAAACUUUUGUUGUUGUUUUUUUUCCCCCAAUAUUAAACUGUGAAGUUUAUAACAUGUUUAAACUAUGGGUGAAUCUUAGGCUUAGUUUGCAUGUUCAGCUAAUUUGUCUCUCUUUUUUUUUUUUUUUUUUUUUUGUUUGUUUGAAUCCUUUUAUUUUUCCUUUCUCAGGGCUUUUACAAAAAAAAAUGGAUCUUCUGAAAUUCUUUUGUCAGAGUUGCAAUGGACUUAACGAUGAAAUAAUUCAAUCACUACAUUAAGCACUUGACUGUGAAAGCGCAAAAAGAAAAAGAGAACUUAUGUUUGUGACUAUUCUCAAAUGGCUUUUCGGAGCUAUGUGACAGUCUGAUUCCAUUUUCAGAAUGAUUCAUAAUCUUCUCUCCCUUUCUCUGUGUGUGUGUGUCUCUCUCUCCCUCUCUCUAUUCAAGAAGGAAAUUUAAUCUUAGUGAUUUCAGCCCAUGCAGGAAACAAUAAUAAAUGUGUAGAAUUCAUAUUUUUUCUAAAGGGAACUUAAACUGCUGCUACAAGUUGUGUACAAGACUGGUUUAUGCCACAUGAACAGAGAAUCACACAUUGUUUUGGUACUUCUAUUCCUCUCUUUAUUCAGUUGUACAGUACUUCCAAAUUCAAAUUGAAAGUAAACCUGUUCUGUAUCAAACCAUCUAAGCAAUAAAAUGUUAUAUUUAAAAAUUA